AUGAUCAUUUUAAAUAAAUAUAUUCUAUUUUUUAAGUCAGUAUCAGAAUAUCGCUCUUCAUUGCAUUUCCCUCGUGGUAAAAGAAGUUCAUUAGCAACAAUACUGCCUUCUUUCGUUACUUCAUCAUCUUCCAAUAAUUCUUCAAAUACUUCACUUCUAGGUUCUUCAUCAACUUCAGGAACAUCAACAACAACCACACAUUUACGAAGAUUAAGUAAUCCUAGAGCCUACUUCAGUUGA